AAUAAAAAGCCUAGCCGACAAAAACCCGUGUUUUAAAAUCAAACCAGUCUUCGCUAGCCGCUAGGGUUUUUCCGUCUCCGCGUUCAUCAGGAGUGGUGAACUAUUGAUUACUCAAGAUGUCUCGAGUGUAUGUUGGGAAUCUUGAUCCACGAGUAAGCGAACGUGAUCUUGAGGAUGAAUUUCGUGUGUUCGGAGUUAUCAGAAGUGUGUGGGUUGCAAGGAGGCCCCCUGGUUAUGCUUUCAUAGAUUUUGAUGACCGUCGAGAUGCCCAGGAUGCUAUCCGGGAGAUUGAUGGUAAAAAUGGCUGGAGAGUCGAGCUUUCACACAACUCGAGAGGUGGUGGCGGCGGAGGCGGCCGUGGUGGGGGUCGUGGCGGCCGUGGUGGAUCUGAUUCCAAAUGCUAUGAAUGUGGGGAGCCUGGCCAUUUUGCUCGUGAGUGCCGUAAUCGUGGUGGUGGUUUAGGGAGGCGUAGGAGCCGUAGCCCCCCUAGAUAUCGCCGGAGCCCAAGUUAUGGCAGAAGGAGUUACAGUCCUCGUGGUCGUUCUCCUCGUCGUCGCAGUUUGUCGCCUAGAGGUCGCAGCUACAGCAGGUCACCCUAUCGUGGAAGAGAUGAGGUGCCAUAUGCAAAUGGAAAUGGCAUUAAGGAAAGGCGGAGGAGCAGGAGCUGAACUGCGAUGAACUCUUGAGAACUCUUUAAAUCUAUGCAGAACUUUUUCGAAUUGUGUGUUUACUGUGCUUGGACUUAUUUACGGCAUAUGUAAGGGGGGGUGUCGCCCUCAGAGAAACUUCGACUUCUGGAUUGGGUUAUGUCGUUACUACUUCAGUAGUCUCAUCCUGCGACUGCUUCUUCAUUGGUUUUGUGCUUCUGCACUUGUGUUUCGACCUUCAUUGGCUACACUCUGCUAGCUAGAUGCCUACUUUUGAUUGCAUUGUCUGCGCAUACGUGAUUAUCUCUCCUCAAAUAGUUUGUUCCAUUAGACUCGAGCACUUGGGGCUUGCUUCAUGAACCUGGGUCAGAUACUUGAAAUUUUCAUCUUGGCUUCUGAUGACUCGUUUUUUGAAAUGGAUAUUAUUGUCAUUUAUCCUUUUGAGCUCCAACGGAUGAGUGCUAUUUUUGAAGUACCAAAAGACGUGCUAGUCUAUGGUCUAGACCAAAACUCUUACGCGCUGAUAAGAUGUUGGAAGAACUUCUGGCAGGCACCUUCAAUUAUUUAGUUACUUAUUUUCUGUUUGGCUGUUCUGAUGUUGAUCAGUUACGGUGCUCGUGCUCUCCAAUUCCUGUUUCUUUUACCAACUUAGAUUUCCUAGACAAGAAAUGCUCUUUAAUGUCCCAACUGGUUCACAAUUUGCUUUGUUUUAUAGUCUUUGGUUAAACAAAACUGGUAACCCUGACAAGCUGUUGGAUGUACACACUCCAUGGAAAGAAUCUUCUUAGAUUAAUUAAAAAAGGCGGAGCUUUGUACAUCCAACAGAGCAACGAUAAUAUGUGUUACUUCUUGCACCAUUUGUGGACAGUUUUACCAGUUCGUAAUUUCCUUUUUGGUAUUGAAGGAGUAUAUUUUUGUAAUGAGGAUACUGCUUCACUGUGGAGGUGUAUCGUAACGGAUUUAAUCCAUUGGGAUAAUAAAAAUAUUUUGUUAGGGUAUUGAGUCAUUCGGCCUUCUAAAAUUUGUGCAGUUUGAUCACAGGACUAGACUUAUCCCUAGAAAUAAUUUUUUUGUUUUGAUAUUUUGAUCGAGGCUGUACUCAAACACCAUUUGUUGAUAAUUGUCUGUUAAUAUUUGAAGCUUCA